GGUAAAGACGCUCUUCCUCAGAUACUCUCUCUUCUCUUCUCUUCUCUUCUCUCUUCACAACAUCUAGGGUUAGGGUUAGGGUUAGGGUUAGGGUUUGCCUUAGGCUUAGGGCUUCGCUUCAACUCGACUGUUUUUCGAUCUGUCGUUGCCUUGUUAUGGAUCGCAAGAGGGGCAGGCCUGAAGCUGCCUUCAACGCCAAUGGCGGCGCCAAGAAAUCCCGCCCAGAAACGGACUCCUUUCCAUCUGGUUUAGGAAGCAAAUCGAAGCCAUGCACAAAGUUUUUCAGCACAUCUGGCUGUCCAUUUGGUGAAGGAUGUCAUUUCCUGCAUUAUGUUCCUGGUGGCUUCAAAGCUGUCUCUCAGCUGAUCAAUGUUAGUAGCAAUCCUGCUAUUCCUCAAGGUGGUGGUAGAAAUCCUGUUCCACCAUCCUUCCCAGAUGGGUCGUCUCCUCCAGUUGUUAAAACCCGAUUGUGCAACAAGUUUAAUACAGCUGAAGGUUGCAAAUUUGGUGACAAAUGUCACUUUGCCCAUGGUGAGUGGGAGCUUGGAAGGCCUACGGUCCCAUCAUAUGAAGAUCCCCGUGGCUUGGGACAAAUGCAAAGCAGAAGGGUUGGUGGGCGAAUUGAGCCCCCAAUUCCAGCUCAUGGAGCUGCUGGCGGCUUUGGAGCCUCGGCUACUGCAAAAAUUAGUAUCAAUGCUUCACUAGCUGGAGCUGUCAUUGGAAAAAAUGGUGUCAACUCUAAGCAAAUAUGUCGUGCAACAGGAGCCAAACUUUCCAUAAGGGAUCAUGAUUCAGAUCCUAACCUUAGAAACAUUGAACUUGAAGGCAGUUUUGAUCAGAUCAAACAAGCCAGUGCCAUGGUUCACGAACUUAUUCUAAAUGUCAGUUCUGCAUCUGGGCCUCCAAUGAAAAGCAUUACUACACAGAGUUCUGCUGCCCCGUCAAACAACUUCAAGACUAAGCUAUGUGAAAACUUUGCUAAAGGUUCCUGCACUUUUGGGGAAAGGUGUCACUUCGCACAUGGAGCUGAUGAAUUGCGCAAGCCUGGAAUCUGAUAGAGUUAUAAUUUUUCAUGGUUUUAGUGAGGAUUGAAUUGUGCAAAAUUUUCUACUUUUCAAAUUUUUCAAUCAGUUUCUAAUUUGCCGCGUGAUAACUAAUUGAUUCUUACCUCAGCUUCUAAAAUUUAAUUGCUUUCCGCUAUCA